AGCUGGAAAAGGAGCAUGCUCUCAGACUUUUCUCCUGCUGGCGUGUUUGGGGAUUUCUUUGGUCCUGCUCAUGAUUUGCAUCGGCGCCAUCAUCUACAUCUGCGGAGCCAUGGAGGAGCAGAGAGCUGCUGCAGGAGAGGCCCUCAGAGAAAACCAGCAGCUGGUGAUGGAGAAGGAGACGUUAGAGAAUAAGACGGAGGAGCUGACCAGUGUCACAGAGGAUCUCAACAGGACGCUCGGAGUCAUCAUGAGUUUCCCAGAAUUCCCAGUAAAUAAAUUCUGCCCAAAUAAAAAGUGUGAGCCGUGCCAGGAGAGUUGGAUCCCGUUCCAGGAUCACUGUUAUCUGUUCUAUGACGAACCACCACGCUGGAAGACGUGGGACGAGGCGCAGACUUAUUGUCAAGACAUGGCUUCGGAUCUGGCUGUCGUCGACAGUUUACGAGAGCAGGAAUUCAUCACGAACCACACGAAGUUCUACUACGACAAAAAUCAUGGAUACUGGCUCGGAUUACGUCAAAAUGCUGACGACCACUGGGUCUGGAUUAAUGGACGCAAUGAGACUGAGGGGUUCUGGAUGAGGACGGGUGAGAGUCACGGUUUAUGUGCGCUGACGAUCCCUGGGCAUGAAGCUACAGCGAGCUGGGCCCCAGCAAAAUGUGCCAUGUGGAACAAAUUCAUCUGUGAGCACGAGUCCCUGAUACGGACCUCAGUCAGCUGAAAUACUGUGUUGUAGCACCAGCGUUUGGAAAAUGUACAUAUAAAUAUAAAACAAUAACGAAUACAUUUUGUCAUGUGUUCAUUUCAUGUAAUUAUAAUCUAGAGUUUUUACUGUGUGCGAUCAAUCCUGUGUUUUUAAAGUGUCAAGAAACCACAGCGGAACGUUUCAGAUCUGUUGCUAUGAAGGUUGAAGAAUCAAUUAAAGAAGUCAAUUAAACAUCAAUUACUUUUCCAGGGAAUAUUUUUGACAUUGCAGCCAAACAUCAAUGUUGCUCGAUGUAGAAUCACUGAUUUAGGAUCUAUGCAAAAAAAAAAACUGUUUUGUAACAAACCUUAUUUUCCUGUGGCCGACGUGUUGCAUGUCGUGCACGCGUGUAACUUUGGAAAUUUGUGUUUUGCAAUCUGCAAAAGUUUGUGAUGUUACAGAACAAAUGUGUUGAGGUGAAACUCCAUUAGUCCGCUGGCUGACUUUAAUAUUUAAAUCCCCCCUUUUUUCUGCUCAGUUGUUUUUUUUUUAAUCACCGAAUGUCAUAUUGUGAAAUUGUUCUUUCCUAAUCUUCCUCAUUGCAUUAAUUAACGAGGUGUCUGUUCUCUCAGUCGAAUCAUCAUCAACAGUA